GGAGAACAGCUGCGAGAAGGUGGGGGGACAGCAGAAGCGGGGGCAAGUCGCAUUUUUAAAGGGAACGACAAAGUCCGUCGUCUGACACGUUCCGAAGAGCAAACGCAUCUUCGCAUUCUUGAUUGCCCCUCAGUGCUGAGUAUGGGAGCAUCAGAAGGAGGUGCUGCAGAUGCACGUGUUCUUUCGAGUAGUAUAACACAGGUGUCUUUUCGGUCAAAACCUCUGUCGACCCGCCCUCUUGAAUCAGCACAGCGUUAUGCCGACCCUUUGGUUGAGGAAGGGAGCUUAAAGCUGUCAGAGUCUACUGCAUUUGACAAAUUUGCUUAUUGUUCACCCAGCUGUUCCGGGAACCUAGAGUCAGUGUUGCAAAGCGCUGUCUCUGCGAAAGCCCCUCAGAAUCCGAAGGACGGCAGCGGUAGAGAUAGCAUGAAUCGGUGUCAGUCGAAACGUGGCGGAGACGCACCUAUUAAUUCAAGCCAGAACAUCACUGCAAGAGAAUUAAGACACAUGCCAACCCCAUUGAAUACCCAGACGGCUUCGCUGGAGAACGUGAAGUCUGGUUUGCACGCAACGGCACUCUCUGAGCAUACUUCAGUAAAGCAGAAGCACUCCUCUAUUUUUCAGGAUAAUGCAGAGACAGCGCAUGCUCUGCCCCAAAACCAAGGAACAUACAACCAAGAAGUAGCUGGCAGAUGCAACCUAAUAGCUCAUGAUAGAUCUGGGAAUCGACCGUCGUCAUCUAUGCCUAGCCUGGGCUCACAGAAGCACGGAAGAACAAAGCUGCAAAACAGUUCUGAGUUGAAAUAUAGUCCCAGUAAAAGAGUUACCGACGACGGAGGCCCUGAUGCACCAAAAUGGCAACUCCGCUCUGCACAGUCCAGAGACUCCUCUUCUGUGGUGGACAGGGGUAAAAACAUUUCCAAACAGUCCUUGGAUCCCAGUUCGACAUUCGGAAACACAACUGGAUUUGUUUCGUUAAGGAGGCGUAGUACGGAAGAUUUGCAUUCUGACAUGGUGAGGAACGGGGACUGCCUACUGCCGACAAACCGCGCACGUGCCCACAUGGAGAAGCCGCGUAUUAACAGCGCUGCUCCUCCUACCUCCAUUAUGCGGCCUUCCUACAUGGAUGCCACUGCCGUUGGAAGGCGAUUGACAGCGCAGAACAACAUGUGGUCAGCAGUGGGCAGCUAUGAGCCCCUCGCAUCUUUAGUAUUCCAUGAGUUGUACCCUCAAUUGUCCCGUGAACUCCAGGCGCUGUGCAUGCAAUGCCUCGGCACAGGAGAUUCUUCAGAGUUGCGUGCGCUAACGGACAUCCAACAAGCAGCCAUGAAAUUGGUUGCUGAGCAGUCUGUCCGAAGAAGUGCUGAAGCUAAAAGCCGUCUGGUGGAGGUCUUCAAACGGACAGGGCAACCAAUUGGGACUCUUGAAUCUCUGGAGCAGUUCCUCCUCCUGCGCUCUCCCAUUCUCAUCUACUUCGACAUUGUAAGCUUAACGCCACAUCUGGAGCAAGGCGGAUUCAUUAGGUCGCACUUCGAAAUACCCCAAACCGACGCAACAUACCUGCGCAAAUGUAACGAAAGAGAGCAAGCUCUUUAUUGUGGCCUGUAUGAACACGAGUCUGUUCGACCCGAACAUCAUCCAAAGUACGGCUAUGUUAGCGUGAAUUGCAACCUUCAGCCACCUUGGGAGCCGCAACCCGGUGAAGCAUGUAUCAUCCUGAAAGAUCACGUGAGAGUACGAGCAACAAUUUCGGCAAGCCAGCAUGAUGGGUCUGGAGUCUUGUCGUUUGGUCGUGAACCUUUGGUGGCCACUCUUAACAACCCAUGGCAUGUCUUGGAGGCGCUUGGGCAUGAGGCCCUUUCAGCCUUAGCCGCUUUUGCCGCGGAACCGACGUCAGAGAAAGGUGGUGACAUAUCAGCAUUGGUGGACUGCAACAUUCAUGGAGAGAUCAAACUAGGAAAGGACGUCGAAGCGAUUGUGCUGCCCAAGAGUGCAACACGGGACAAGGCCACUUUUGCAAAGCUACGGGAAAUUGCCACCCAGCACAUGGUGCCGAUAUUGUCCAUGGAAAAAUGCCCCAGAGCUGUUAAAGACGACGGCUGGAAGCACACACUGAGGCACCUGCAACACAAGGUUCUAUUGAAGAAGACAGCUCUGGGGAAUACAUACGGGCAAAUAUAA